AUUUUUUUUCUUUUCAAAAAAAGCUGAUGAGGUUAAAAAAAAAAAAGGGGGGGGGAGAGAGGGAAAAAAAAAAAAAAAGAGGAGAGAGAAACCGGCUUCGUGUCCUUAGGAAACAGAAGUAGCGAUUGUUUGUGCUUAAAAAAGGGGGAGCGCAAAGCCGCGGGCGGAGGCGGCGGCCGCGGGACCGGCAAGUGCAGCUUUAUUUCGCGAAGUUGGAAGAGGAGGCGAGCGGGGCUGUCACUGCGGCUGCAAGCGCGGCCGGGCCGGGGCAGCGGCGGCACCAGCGCGGCCCCUGCCCCCGCCCGGAGCUCCGGGAGGAGCGGCCGCCGCCUGGGAGCGCCUGGCGGAGCGCGGACAGCGGCGGCGGGACCCCGGCGGAGCCCGGCGGACACACGGCCCCGCGCCGCGGCUCCUGCACGCCCUGAGCGCGGGCGGCGGUUCGCGGCAGCCCCCCCGCGCCGCCCGCCGCUCUCCUGGAUGCUCCGGAGCCGCCGCCGCCGGGGGCGGCCGCCGGCCGGGAUCGCGCCCGCCCGCUGCGCGGAGGCUGCGCGGGGCUGCGGGAGUGAAGCUGCUGCUGCUGCUGCUGCGGGGAGCGAGAGCACCGAGGGAGCGAGCUGGGCGGCGGGACAGCCGCUGCCGCCGCGCCCGGCUCUCCGCGGGCGCGGCUCGUCCUUCCCUUCCCUCCUGGGCCCGGACUAAGGCGGAGGAGUGGGAUGAAGGGGGGAUCCCGAGCGGGAGUUGGAUGCACACUACUACAGGAGACCUUUCCUCGGAGCUGCUGCUGAUGCUAAGUCUCAGAUCCCGACUGUGAACAGGUAUAUUGCAGAGCUGUUAACCUAUUUACCCCCCGCGAAUGUGGCCAAAGUCUUUAAUAAGAGUUACUCUAUAUGUGGAAGCAAAGAAAUCUUCCUUCAAGUGGAGCUGCAGUUUUGCUGAAUAAUCACGUUCACCCUAAAGAAUGGCCGAGCCUUCUGGGAACGAGCUGGCGUCCGCGGCUGCCAAGGGGGACCUAGUGCAACUUACUAAUUUGUUGCAAAAGAAUGUAAACGUCAAUGCACAAAAUGGAUUUGGGAGGACUGCGCUGCAGGUGAUGAAACUCGGGAAUCCCGAAAUCGCCCGGCGGCUGCUCAGUAAGGGGGCGAACCCCAACCUGAAAGACAGUACUGGCUUCGCCAUCAUCCACGACGUAGCCAGGGAGGGGUUUCUGGACACUUUGCAGACUCUGCUGGAGUUCAAAGCCGAUGUUAACAUUGAGGAUAACGAGGGCAACCUGCCCUUGCACUUGGCGGCCCAGGAGGGGCACGUGCGGGUGGUGGAGCUGCUGCUGGCGCGCUCCGAGUGCAAGGUGGGCCACCAGAACAAGCGGGGGGCCACCGCCUACGACCUGGCCAAGCUAUACCGGAGAGCAGCCGUGGUGGAGCUCCUGGAGGCCAGCAGCUCCUUCCCUGCCAACAUGGACUGAACCCCGCUAGGAUGGGGUCUCCUUUGGACGUGAGGUCGUGCCGACUUCUUGGGGUGUUUCUCUCCUUUUUUGUUGCCACAUUACUCCUAUUUUAUUUUUUUUUCUGAACAGCUGGUAGUGUAAGUCUCAAGAAAUUCCAGAAGUGGGUUUAUAGAUAACAGAAACGUUUUAAAUCCAUGCUCCCAGCAGUUUCUUACACCUUUCACUUUACUCAGUACUCACAGGCUCAUUCGAGUGUAUGUUGGUUGUUCAUAUCUAGUUUUCCAGUAUCAAGUUUUACAACUUAUUUUAGGUCAUUCAUAUGAAGUCAUUAAUCCAGGAGCUACUAUUCACAUGCUUAGUAUUGCUGGACUUUUAAGAAAAGGAAAUAGUUUACUGUGAUUUCUCUCACCUCUCCAUGCACCCCUCCCUUCUCUUCCCCACCCCCCUUCGAUCAGGCUCAAGAGUCUGAAGUCUUGUUUUGGAUUAAAACAUCCUUUUAAGGGGUCACCUGCAACCCCUGCACAGGCAGAGCUGGAAGUGAAAGGUUGCUUGGCCUGAGGACAGUGGAUGGCAUUUAGAUGCUUUAGGCAAUAACUGUAUUUUGUCACUAACAAGAGCUUGUAGAAGUAGGUUACUUACUUUCUAAAUGUAGAUGACACUUUUCCUCUUUGUGUAUUUAAACUUUCACCAACCUGGUUUUGAAUUUAGUUACCAGAAACAAUAUAAGUGGUGUUUCUGUGAUUGCCAGAGGUUUUAAACAGCUCAGUUUAGUAGUUCGUGUUUACUGUGCACUGCACGAGACCUUUUUUUCUAGUUUCAAAACAGGCAGCAGAGAAACACUGUCAGAGGCAAGAAGACAUGAAGGCUGCAAUACAAGAUUUCUGGUCACUUCAUAUGCUGAGUGCAGUUUAGAUGUUCUUUCAGUAAUAUUUGCUUUCCACCAGCUAUUCUAUUUUGUCUGUAAAUAAACUAUUUUAAUGACAGAUGCAUCUCACAAAACAAGAAUAUUUGCAUACAGUGACAUUUAGGAAGCAGCACCUUUGAUAUUUGUGAGGUUAAGUUAUUGCUUGCACCUAAAAUACGAUUUAACCAUUGAAAAUUUUCCAUUGCAAUACAGUUGAGAGUAUUCACCACACCGAAACUCAUUUGCCUCUCCAGCCUCAACAUAUUGGGAAGAGUCUCUUAUGAAAUUUUUUAUAUUUGUACAGGAUCUACUUUUUGGACAGAUGGGCAAUUUAAACUACUUUAUUUUGAAUAGUCUAAAAUUUAAUUGCACAAAAUAGAAGGGUUUUAAUCAAUGCAAAAUUAAUACUACUUUAAAUAGUACUUAAAAGAGCAGAGGGGGUACCUUAGUUUAGUUUUCAACUUAAAAAAAUUAGCCCCACAAAAUCAGUACUACAUUUUCAAGUAAAAAGUAAUUUGCUGAAACUGUCUGUCACGUUUACUUUAAGCUCUGUUACACUGCUGUGUUUUCUGAUUAAAAACCUCUGUGAAAUAUGAA